UGCUGUCAGGGCAGGAAUCCCUCGUUGUUCAGGAAUGUCUCAGUGGCUGAAGGAUGGAGAAGUGCUGGUGGGUCAGGGCAGCGGUGAAGCGGUACCAGUGAGCCCCAGAAUGAGGAGCCUGCCCACCGGGAGCCCCAGGCUGGGUCAGAGACGGAGUCCGCUCCAUGCGCCGCGGGUCAGAGAGGCAGUCGCAUUAAGCCCGCAGGCAGAGACCAUGGGCAAGGCCAAAGAGUUGUUUGUUCUGUGUGACAAAGAGGGGAAAGGGUUCAUCACAAAGAGAGACAUGCAGAGGCUGCAGGGCGAGCUGCCUCUGUCCUACGAACAGCUGGAGACUGUGUUUGAAAGUCUGGACCGAGAGGACAAUGGGUUCCUCACUCCAGUGGAGUUCUACACAGGACUCGGUGAGCUGAUGGGACUGGAGGCGACGACUGAGCUGCACCCAGAGGAAGCAGAGGAGGACGGAGACGAGGUGGACUCGUCCCAGGACCCCACUGCAGUCAGAUUUGUCAACAUACUAAUGGAGCUUGGAGCUGACAAACUUUUGAAAGAUCAGCAGGAGCUCUGCUCUCUGUGGUGUGAGCUCCACAGAGGCAGACCAGAUCUGCUGAGCGUCCUGGAGGGCGUCCUGCUCCUCGCCGUGUCCCAUCUACAGGACAUCAUCAGAGAAAGAGACAAUCUGGAACAAGCUCUUCGCAGACGGGAGAGUGAGCAUGACCAGAUGAUUCGGUCCGUUUAUGAAGAGAUGGAGAUCCAAGUGAGAGAGGAGAAGGAGAAAAGGCUGGCUCAGGAGCAGGACAGCUUUAAGGAGAAGCAGCGAGGUCAGCGGAUGGAGGAGGAGCUGAGGGCGCGGGAGCAGGAGCUGGAGAGCACACUGAGCAAACAGAAGGAGCUUGAGAUCAAAAUCCAGCAGCUGAGCAGCGAGCAGGUGGGCAUCAAGGAGCAGAACCAGCAGCUGGAGAGGCUCAACGUGCAGCUGCAGGAGCAGCUGGAGAGCAGCCGAGAGCAGCUGAGGUCGGCUCUGAGGCAGCUCAGCUCGCUGCAGAUCAGCGCCGCCCACGAGCAAGCAGCCCGGCAGAGGAAUGUGAUGAACGUGUCAGGAAACAUCAAGAAAGAGAAGGAAAGUCUCAUGAGACAGCUGGAGAUAUUAAGGGACAUGAACAGGAGGCUGCGAGACGAGAGAGACGUCCAACAAGCCCAUCAGAGGGUUAGUCACAGACACUCUGUCCUGUCUCCUUCACCGUCACCUUGUUACCUCAACGAAGAGCCGUGCACGUCCUGGACACGGCAGGUCUACCCAACCUAA